UCAAAUUUUACCUUCGAAAUAUUCUGAAAUAUUGUAUACACACUCGCAUUGAGUUUGUCCAUUUUAAAUGGGAGUAUUAUCAACUGUAUAAAUAAGAGCUAUCACAAUAUUUAAGCCAUAAAAUGGCUGCGAUAGCACUAAAAACUCAAGCUACUAGCAAAUUACUUCAUUUGAAUGGGUCUAUGAGUGUUGUGUACAUCAAAGCCGCUAACUACAGUUCGGAUCGUAAACCCAACCUUGCAGCAUAUAAGCGAGGUACUGGUGGCCGCAGUAGCUUUAACGGCAUCGUAGCCACAGUUUUCGGUUGCACCGGAUUUGUCGGACGCUAUGUGUGCAAUAAAUUGGGAAAAAUUGGUACCCAGUUAAUUUUACCAUACAGAGGCGAUUUCUAUGAUGCCCAAAGGUUGAAAGUGUGCGGAGAUUUAGGCCAGGUCCUGUUUACUCCUUACCAUCUCCUUGAUGAGGAGUCUAUUGCAAAAGCGGUCCGAUACUCUAAUGUUGUCAUCAAUCUAGUUGGACGAGAUUAUGAAACUAAGAAUUUCAAAUACAAUGAUGUUCACGUUGAUGGUGUAAGAAGAAUUGCCAGACUCUGCAGAGAAGAAGGAGUUGAGAGAUUCAUUCAUCUGUCUUAUUUAAAUGCUGAAGAACAUCCGAAACCUCUUGUCCUGAAGAAACCGUCUGCUUGGAAAAUAAGCAAGUAUUUGGGAGAGUGUGCAGUCAGAGAGGAAUACCCAACUGCCACUAUUAUCCGAGCAUCAGACAUCUAUGGUUCCGAAGACAGAUUUUUGAGGUCAUUAGUUAAUAAGAUGCGAUCUCACAGCAACCUGAUGCCCCUCUAUAAAAACGGAUUAGCGACUGUGAAACAGCCUGUGUUUGUGUCGGACGUCGCUCAGGGUAUCGUGAACGCCGCGCGCGACGACGACACUAAAUGUGAAGUCUACCAAGCCGUUGGGCCAAAACGCUACUUACUUGCCGAUUUGGUUGAUUGGUUUUACAAACUAAUGAGGAAGGACGAAAAAUGGGGUGGAUACAUUCGCUACGACAUGAAGUACGACCCGAUACUGCCCCUGAAAGUUGCUUUGGUUAACGCCAUUUCACCAGCUUAUCCACUCGGAAAUCUUCACUGGGAAGGAAUUGAAAGGGAAGCUACUUCAGAUAAUGUGGUGAUCGGCGUGCCCACCCUUGAGGAUUUGGGCGUCACCUUGACGCACAUGGAAGACCAGGUGCCAUGGGAACUGAAACCUUUUCGCGCCCAUCAGUACUACAUGGAUCGGCUUGGAGAGUUCCCGAAACCAGACCCUCCACCAGUUUACUCAGCUUGAAUUGUUUUUAUAAAUAAUAGCUACCUCUUGAAUAAACAUUAUGGGCAUGUAGACAAAGUUUAAU